AUGGGUGCUAGUAACUCGAAGCUCGUCUUCAAAAAGGGCAUCUUCAGGCUCUCGGAGGAGCGACACAUACCCGCCGACGAUCCUUACUGGACCUCUGUGAUUCUGGGAGCUCCCGAGUCACCCGAAGAUGUCUUUAGCCUCUUCUCCGCGACGGAUAUCCGCCGAACCCGCGACAAGGCGCUCGAGAACCUCGAAACCCUCAUCCUGGCCGUGACCUCGCGCCUCUUUAUCCUCCGCCACCAUCCCUCCUUCCCCGAUCCCGAGUUCGCCCCGGACCGCGACGCCCUCAACUGCAUCCGGGUGCUGACCCGCCUGCUCCCCUACCUCUAUGAGGCCGAGGCCUUGCAGCAGUGGGAGGAGCGCUUCUUCUGGGGCACGCGCCGCAAGCGCACGCGCAAGUCCGCCCUCGCCAACGAGGUGCUCUUUGACGGCGUCGACGGCAUCACGAGCCCGCGGCCCAAGCUCGAUGAGUUUGAGGAGGCGCGCCCGCUGGCCGAGGAGCUCGUCGAGACUCUUGUGGAUCUCAUGUUCUUCUCCGGCCUGACGCUGCCCAGGCAGCCCCACGGGAAGCCCAAGGUCACCUACGCCAUCUGGCAGAGCGGCGUCGGGUGCAACACGUCGGUGGCCACCACCAAGGAGUUCGAGAGCAACCGCGCCGAGAUACUGCGGCUGCUGCUGACCAUGGCGGGCAAGAGCAUGUACAUGGCGCCGGGGUGCUGCCGCAAAAGGGCGUCAGGGUCCUCACGCACCUGUUCCCUCAAGUACAACCCCGCCAGCUGGAAGGUGCCCUACAAUGCGCUCAUAUUAAAGGAUGCCAAGCAGGUGCUCGUCACCUACACGCUCCAACUCAUCCUAGUCCUCCUCUUAUAUCCGAUCCCUGAGGACCAGGAGAGCGGGCCGAAGCGCAACUACUACAGACAUUUCCUCGGGCUGCACCGAGCCCAGGAUUUCCAGUUCAUUGUCGACGGAAUGAUGAGGGUCCUCCAGCAGCCCAUGCAAGAAAAGACGUCGUACAUCCCGGCGGGUACGCAAUCGACCGGGACCCUGGUGCCCGAGAUGAUUAUGCUGUUUUGGGAAAUCACUCAGUGCAACAAGCGCUUCCGGUCCUUCAUUAUCGACACGGAUCGCGUCUACGAUUUUGUCAUACUCGCCGUCUUCCAUGCUCUCGAGUUCAAGUCCGACGCCUCGAAGCAGGGUGUGGUGCGCAUGUGCGCGUUCCUGCUCCAGACGCUCAGCGUCGAAAAGAACUUUGGCGUCAAUCUCAACAAGCACUUCGACACGCAGGAGACGCUGCCCCCUCUAUACGCAUCCCUGGGUUCAGCGGAUCCUAUGCCGACUUCCUCAUUCACUCCAUCUACAACCUCAUCACCGGAAGCCAGGGCAAGCUAA